AUGACUGUCAAUGAAAUAGUGACAAAUGCACUUCGUCAAUUAGAAACAAUUUUACUUGAUGGAAAUUAUCAUGAUGAGAAGUUAUGUAAUUCGUUAAAUAUUGUUCAUGAUCAAUUACAACAGAUUGAAAAAAAUUCCAAUUCAGUAUCAAAUGAUGACAAACAACAACUACUUCUCAUGUUUCAAUCGUUAGAAGUGAAUUUAUUUCGACAAUUUCUCAUUCAACUUACGUCCAAAAUAUCCUCAUCUUUUGUAUGUUCUCUUUUGGAUACUAUUCGUCUUCAAUUGAUUAUUGAUAUGGAAACAAAUCCAUUGAUGAGUGAUUGUUACUUUAAAGUCUCACUUAUUUGGUUAACAACUGAUUCAACAAUAAAUUAUCUUACUCAAAAAUCAUUUUCAAUAUCAAAUGAAAGUAAUAUUGAUGAACAAAUUUUCAAUUUAUUCUGCUAUAUUAGUUCACGAGCUGUUUAUUAUAAAACAAGUCGUUCUUCUUCGAUGUGUGUGUCACGAAAAACAACGCCAAAUUUUUUUCAAUUGACAAAUACUACCGAACAUCUUCUUCAAGCAUUUAUAACUUAUUUAAAUAGUUAUUUUUUAGAUGAUCGUCAACAUUCAGAAAGUGAUGCAUUAAUUUUGAAGUGGUUACUCAAUAUAGCAGAUAUUUAUGGAUUUAUUCCAUAUUUUGUUAAAACAGGUUAUCCUGAAGCUAUACUUGAAUGGAUGAAAAGAAAACAAAAUUUCGACAAGAAAAUAUCUCUAGAUACAUGGUUUCUUGUUAUUAAUAUUUUGUAUAAUUUUGCACGUCAUUGUAUUGGUAUAAAUGCAUUGAACAAAUUGAAAACACUUGAAAUUCUUAAAGAAUGGAAAAAUCAAUAUUUUUCUAAAUUACCCUCUGCUAAUAUGAUGAAAACUUUUGAAGAAAUUCUUGUUGCUUAUUAUCUUCUCUAUGUAAUUUUACUUGAACCAAAAGAAAUGAAAAAAGAAAAUAUGACUAGUAUUCAAAAUGUACUUGAUCAUAUUAUUGAACGAACAAUUCAAGCAUUUAAUUCAUCUGAAUUUAAUUGUGGCCUUUAUAAUGUAACUGAAUAUCUAGCUGGUCUAGCUAAAUUAGUUGCUAAUGAUAAAUUUCUUCGAUAUAUUAUUUCGAAAGAUAAUAUGUUCGAUUUAUUUUUUGGAAAAUUUUUAGAAUUUAAUCAUCUAUGUACAAGACAUGGUAAUACCGAAUCUAAUGAUUUACAUGAAUUGAUUUGUGUUUCACUCUAUACAAUUUUUUGGUCAAUUAGUUUUCAAUCAGAUUAUUAUGUAACAUUAAAAGAAAACGAUGAGUUUAUUCGAUUCGUUGUGCAAAUGUCCAAAACAGAAUCCAAUGAUGAACAUAUUGUUGCUAUGAGACGAGCAGCAAAAGGUAUUCUUUUUAAUCUUGAUCUUGUUCAAACAGAUCUUCAACUAAUUGAUAACAUUGAAACAGAUUAUGAUCAUGUCAAAGUGAUGAUUUCCUAUGCACAUAAAGAUACGAAACUAUGUCAAAAACUUGUUAGUCAACUUCAAAAUUGUGUUCGAGGUGAUAUCUGGGUUGAUUUUAUUAAAUUGAAACCACCCUAUGAUGAUGAUUGGGAAGAAAUCGCUCGUGCUAUUACACAAUGUGAUGUUGUUCUUAUGCUUGUUACUGAAAAUUAUUGUACAUCGAAAAGCUGUCGUCGUGAAGUAAUUCAUGCCGAUAAACGUAAUAAACGGAUGAUACCUGUCUAUCAAGGAAAAGAGUAUCAGCCGGAAGAUUGGUUUGAAAUUCGUGUCGGUUCAGCUACUUUUGUACGAUUUGGAGAUAAUAAAAGUGAUGAAAUAGUGAUGGAAGCUCUUCUUAACUUGAUUCAUGCAACAGAUAAAACCAAACGAAAUCUCGACAGAAUGAGACCUCACGAGGCACCAACUCAAAUUGGUCAACAACAAACUGUUCAAAAUAUUAUUCAAAAUCCAAUUCUCUCCUUAUCAUCAACAAUCUCACCACCUUCAAAGUUAAUCUCAAAUCCAAUCAUUGAAACUCUAACGACACAAUCAGUGCCAUAUUCGCCAACACCAGACAUUGUCCCUAUUCUAAGUCUUCCAUCUGUCAAUAAAAAACCAAUCGAACAGUGGACUAAUGUCGAUCUACAACAUAUACUUCAAUUACCUCUAUCAAUACUUGAUUUAUCUUCUGGUCAAGCUUUGCUUGCUUAUAUUCGUCUAUUAUCGAAUGAAGAUGCUCUAUACGAUGAAUAUGAAACAUGUAUGCGUCAUCGUGGACUUAGUCGAGAACAAUUUGCCAAUCUGAUUGGAUCACUUAGAAGUUUACGUUCUCUGUACAAUAUUGAAGCGGCAUCGGCUCUUCCACCUGAUCAAUGGACAUACGAGGAAAUCAAAUGUUGGUUUCAUCAGAAUCGUUUAUCCGAUUAUCUAUUUGAUACAUUUACAUUUGUUGAUGGAACUGAAUUUCUCGUCUAUGCAAAACUAGUCACGGAAUCAUCGAUACGUAUGGAUGCUGAAUAUGAUCGAUUGAGGUCUCGAAUUCAAUCUCGAUACAAUGGACAAGAUAUUUUUCAACUCGAUGAAUAUGCUCGAUUUGUCAAUGCUCUUAAAAAGCUUCUUAUUCGAUCCCAGUCAUCAUCAUCGUCUCAUACGACAGAAGAACCUGCUCAAUGUAAUAUUUCAUGA